AUGUCGAAGCUGGAGCGGUUCGGCGUUGCUGCUUCUGUCAAAAUACAAAUAAAGUGGGUAGAUGUCAAAACGAAUGACAUAACAGUUACAUUAAAGUGUGAUCUAUUUUGUAGCCUUAAAUUGGAAUGUGAGAAACUGGCAAGCGAAAAGACAGAAAUGCAGAGGCACUAUGUGAUGUAUUAUGAAAUGUCCUAUGGAUUAAACAUUGAAAUGCACAAACAGACAGAAAUCGCCAAGAGAUUGAAUACAAUUUGUGCACAAGUCAUCCCAUUUUUGUCUCAGGAACAUCAGCAGCAAGUGGCCCAAGCUGUAGAACGUGCCAAACAAGUGACCAUGGCUGAACUGAAUGCCAUCAUCGGGCAGCAGCAGUUGCAGGCUCAACAUCUCUCCCAUGGCCAUGGACCUCCAGUGCCUCUAACACCGCAUCCGUCAGGACUUCAGCCUCCAGGAAUCCCUCCACUCGGAAGCAGUGCUGGCCUUCUUGCCCUUUCUAGUGCUUUGGGUGGGCAGUCUCACUUGGCAAUAAAAGAUGACAAGAAGCAUCACGAUGCAGAACACCAUAGAGACAGAGAGCCGGGCACAAGUAAUUCUCUGUUGGUCCCGGACAGUCUGCGAAGCACAGAUAAACGCAGGAAUGGCCCUGAAUAUACCAAUGACAUCAAAAAGAGAAAGGUGGAUGAUAAGGAUUCCAGCCACUAUGACAGUGAUGGGGACAAGAGUGACGAUAACUUGGUUGUAGAUGUAUCCAAUGAGGAUCCUUCUUCCCCAAGGGCAAGUCCCACUCAUUCACCACGUGAAAACGGUAUAGAUAAAACGCGUCUGCUGAAGAAAGACGCCUCUAGCAGUCCAGCAUCUACGGCCUCUUCGGGAAGUUCCACUUCCCUCAAAUCCAAAGAAAUGAGUCUGCAUGAAAAAGCCAGCACGCCUGUUCUGAAAUCCAGCACACCAACUCCUCGAAGUGAUGUGCCAACCCCAGGCACGAGUGCAACUCCAGGACUUCGUCCAGGCCUUGGCAAGCCUCCAACAAUGGACCCUCUGGUUAACCAAGCUGCUGCAGGUUUGCGGACACCGUUGGCAGUACCAGGACCAUACCCUGCUCCAUUUGGAAUGGUACCUCAUGCUGGCAUGAACGGAGAGUUAACCAGUCCAGGGGCAGCCUAUGCCAGUCUGCACAAUAUGUCACCCCAGAUGAGUGCUGCUGCUGCUGCAGCUGCUGUGGUUGCCUAUGGAAGAUCUCCUAUGGUUGGGUUUGAUCCUCCUCCUCACAUGAGAGUACCUGGAAUCCCUCCAAAUCUAGCAGGGAUUCCUGGGGGAAAACCAGCCUACUCCUUUCACGUUACUGCAGAUGGCCAGAUGCAGCCGGUUCCAUUCCCUCCGGAUGCCCUCAUCGGUCCAGGAAUCCCUCGCCAUGCCCGUCAGAUCAACACUCUGAACCACGGAGAAGUUGUGUGUGCAGUUACCAUCAGCAACCCCACAAGACACGUGUACACGGGUGGGAAGGGGUGCGUCAAAGUCUGGGACAUUAGCCACCCUGGCAACAAGAGCCCUGUCUCUCAGCUGGACUGCCUG